AUGGCGGGAAGCGGUCACAUUCAACCCAAACACCAGGGGGAGACAGAGCAGGUGAGGCAGAGGAGGCGAAGAAGAGGAGGCGAGGCAGAGGAGGCGGGGCAGAGGAGGCGGGGCAGAGGAGGCGAAGAAGAGGAGGCGAGGCAGAGGAGGCGGGGCAGAGGAGGCAAAGAAGAGGAGGCGAAGAAGAGGCGGCGAGGCAGAGGAGGCGAGGCAGAGGAGGCGGGGCGGAGGAGGCGGGGCGGAGGAGGCGAGGCGGAGGAGGCGAGGCGGAGGAGACGAGGCGGAGGAGGCGAGGCGGAGGAGGCGAGGCGAAGGAGGCGAAGAAGAGGAGGCGAGAAGAGGAGGCGAGGCAGAGGAGGAGAGGCAGAGGAGGAGAGGCAGAGGAGGAGAGGCAGAGGAGGAGAGGCAGAGGAGGCAAGCCAGGUCCAGAAUUUAAUAACCACAUAA